GUCAGGUCAAGGAGUGAUUGGUGAGCAGAAAUCCUAGCUUCUCCCUAAAACAGAAGCCCCAAAAAAACCCUAAAUUUGUAUCUUUCGAAUCUGCAUUUCCUCCAUGGCGAAAAAGCGAAAGCAGCGAUCGUCUGAACCGGAGCCCACCAAAACGACGCCGGAUCGUCAACCAAUCCAAGAAGAAGAGCAACAGCAACAACCGGAAUACGUAGCCGACGAAGAUCCGAACGCUAAAGUAGAAGAAGAACAGCAGCUACAAGAAGUUGAAGAGGAAGUAGAAGAAGAAGUAGAAGAGGAAGUUGAAGAAGAGGAAGAGGAGGAAGAGGAAGAAGAAGAGAACGAAGAAGACGAUGACGAAGAAGCUGAAAACCAAACCCUAGUCGGUUCCUCCAACGCCGCUGUUCAAAAUGGAGUACCCAAAGAAACGAGUCAAGAGGAGGAAUUGGACGACGAGCCGUUCGAGAAACUUCUAGAACCAUUUGGGAAAGAUCAAUUGAUUACCCUUAUUAAGAAAGCGGUCGAGAAGCACCCGGAAUUCAUGUCGUCGGUUCGGGAGUUCGCGGAUGCGGAUCCAGCUCAUCGGAAGAUAUUCGUUCAUGGGCUCAGUUGGGAUACCACUGCUGAAACCCUCACCGCCGAGUUUAUUAAAUAUGGGGAAAUCGAAGAAUGUAAAGCGGUUACUGAUAGGGUUUCUGGGAAAUCCAAAGGUUACGCGUUUAUUCUAUUUAAGCAUCGGAGUGGGGCACGCCGGGCUUUGAAACAACCCCAGAAGAAGAUUGGGAAUAGAAUCACUUCUUGCCAGUUGGCUUCGCAGGGACCAGUUCCUGCACCGCCUCCCUCUGCUCCUCCGGUUUCUGAGUAUACUCAGAGGAAAAUUUUUGUUAGUAAUGUGUCAGCUGAAGUGGACCCGGAGAAGUUGCUUGAGUAUUUUAGACAGUAUGGAGAAAUUGAGGAAGGUCCGUUGGGGCUUGAUAAGCAGUCAGGGAAACCUAAAGGGUUUGCUCUUUUUGUAUACAGGUCGAUUGAGAGUGCCAGAAGGGCCUUAGAGGAGCCUCAUAAGAAUUUUGAAGGUCAUGUUUUGCAUUGCCAAAAGGCUAUAGAUGGGCCGAAGCCAAAUAAAGGUGGUUAUGGAGGAAGUGGUUCUGGUGGGCAUCAUCAGUACCAGCAGCAUCAGCAAGGACAACAUCAGAUGCAGCCUCAUUACCAUCAUGCUAAGAAGGGAAAGUAUUCGACUGGUGGAUCAGAUACUGGGCAUUUGAUGGCUCCAUCUGGGCCUGCUGCAGUGGGGUUCAACCCUGGAGUUGCUGCUGCUGGGUUUAACCCCGGGGUGGCUGCUGCUGCACCGGCUUUGAACCCGGCACUUGGACAGGCAUUGACUGCGUUGCUUGCUACUCAGGGAGCCGGUUUGGGCCUUGGUAAUCUGCUUGGCGGGCUUAGUGGGGCGCCUGUGAACCAGGGAGCACCUGCUGCAGGGUAUGGGAAUCAGGUUGCAGGUGGCUAUGGAAGCCAGAUGGGAGUGCAGGGUGGGUAUCAGAACCCGCAGAUGGGGCAGGGCGGUGCUGGUAGGACUCAGCCUGGUGGCGGUGCACCUUACAUGGGGCACUAGGUACAAUGGCUACAUAGUCCUGACUGCCGAUUUCAUGCUUAAUGUAUUCUUAACAGGAGCACCUCCAGCUCCUAUCAACCCUCCAUCCCCCACACCUCCCUCGCCCACUGAAAUUCUCUCAUUGGUUAAUAACCUUUGCAUUGGGAAAGGAACAAAUGGAGUUGUUGGUGUUCUUUCUGUCAAUGAUCUGUGAUAUGGUUUCUUUGUCAUUGAUGACAAAAUUUUUGUUCAUGUAACAAGUUUUGAACCGUGAUUUGUGACCCUAAGGGGAAUCAGUUACCUUAAUGUUGAGGUUCCUGCCAGAUUGUGUUGUUUCUGAAAUCUGACAUGGAAGGGCCAAGAUAUUGCAAAAAUAUGGGAAGUAACUUGUUAAGCCAUAUUGACAAUAUGUGCCCAGCAUGUCUGGAAAGUGGAAACUGCUUCCGCAUGGGGCUAGAAUUUGUUGCUAGGUGAGUUGAUGGGGCAGGCAAAGUAACUAUUUCCUCAGAGCUAUGAAGCUGGUCUUGGGUGCUCCUGUCUGAACUUCACUGAGCGCCUGCCUGCCUGCCUUGAUCUGAAAAUUGGAGCCAUUGAUUGAUGCUGUCGUGUUGAUAUUCAGGCCUUUGUGCAUGUAACGUGAAAAUCCUGAAUGAUCAAUUGAUUUAAAGAAGGUCCAUGUAUCCUAGGUUGCUCUCCAAGCAUUAUAGUUAUGGCAAUAUAGAUAGAACAAGAAAAUUUUAAA